AAGAUGGUUUAUUUUCCCCCGAAGGGCAGGCCACCGUGCUGAGCGGUUUGCAGCGGACCGGGAUGACCGGCGGGCGGUGCGGCACCCCCUGCCCCCGCCCGGACACCAUGGCCGCGGGGUCUCCCUGCCGGGGGGGGGCCUUUUUGGAAAUGCGAGCGAAAAACAAGAGAUGGGUCUAUAUUCUAAACACUGGCAAAGUCCAUAAAAGUGAAGAAACGACCCCAAAAGAUGAACCGUCGCAGCCGGGCCGGCUGGGGACGCGGCACACCUGCCUCCUCCCCUUUCCCCGUCGGUCCCGGGAGGGUGCUCAGGGGUUAAGCCCCGCCGGGGGCGGAGGCAGCCCGACAGGGCUCCGCCGCGAUUUGGUUUCCAAUGGGACCAGCGAGGCGGCGGGGCUGAGCGCGGUCGUUGCCUUAGAGCCGGCCGGUGGCGGGAUGUCGCAGGGGCCUCCGGCCGCGGCGCGCCUCAACGACCUGCCCGACCACUCGUCGCGGGUGCGCAGCGCUAUCGCCGAGCUGCGGCGGCGGGCGGAGGCAGAAGCCGGCCAGUACUGGCCACAGCCCCUCUCCGACUCCUUCCUGGUGAGGUUCCUGCGCGCCCGAGACUUCCACCUGGACCUGGCCUGGAGGUUACUGAAGAAUUACCAGAAGUGGAGAAUUGAAUGCCCAGAAGUAAGUGCGGAUUUACAGCCAUCUUCUGUUCUUGGCCUUCUGCAUGCCGGCUAUCAUGGAGUCCUCAGAUCAAGGGAUCCACAUGGAAGCAAAGUCCUAAUAUACAGAAUUGGACAAUGGGAUCCCAAGUUAUUUACAGCAUAUGAUGUGUUUCGUGUAAGUCUCAUCACAUCUGAACUCAUUGUAAAGGAGAUUGAGACUCAGCGGAAUGGAGUCAAGGCUAUCUUUGAUCUUCAAGGGUGGCGAUUUGCUCAUGCAUUUCAAAUCAGUCCAGCAGUGGCCAAGAAAAUUGCUGCUGUGCUCACAGAUUCCUUUCCACUAAAAGUUCGAGGUAUCCACUUGAUUAAUGAGCCUUUAUUCUUCCACCCAGUCUUCGCUCUAAUUAAGCCUUUUCUCACUGAAAAAAUAAAGGAACGGGUGUAUAUGCAUGGAAAUAACUACAUGCAGAGUCUGACCGAACACUUCCCGGUCAGCAUUCUCCCACAGGAAUAUGGGGGGGAGGAAGUCUCCAUUGAAGAGCUGGCCAAGGAGUGGACUGACUUUAUAAUGGCAUCUGCAGAUUAUCUUCAGAGCAUUUCUCUGGUUGCCCAGGAAUAACCUUAUUACAGUAUUAUAUCGAUUCUUGAACACUGGAAAUGGAAAUAAGUUUAGUACAAAAUCUUUCAUGUAAGCUUGAAAUUAUUGUAAAUGAAACCAGUAUGUCUUUGCAGGGCACUGAGUCUUAUAUUGACUGCACUUUUGUGCUAACUGGAGUCUAUCAGUACGUAUGUCUGAAGAGAUUAAUGAAUCCUAGAUAGUUGCAAUACUGUUUGUAAUUGAUUAACUUGCCUGCCAAGAAGCUGAAUAGUUUGUUGGAUAUCAGAGAUUGAUACUGCUCCUCUUAAGUCUUUGGAGACAACUCAUCUGUAAUAAUGCAGUCCAGAACCUUAUGCUUCGCUCUCGUAUCUUGGCUUCUCAAGACAAUAGGAUACAAAAAAGAACAGACCAUGAAUGGGGUAGACUAGUUUGUUGCGGAAGUGUGACUACAAGCUUAAUUUACAAGGGGUGAGAAGUGACUGCUUUUUGGAUUGAUUCUCAGGGAAAACAGCACGUUGAAAAUUCAUCAGCAAUAGCGAGACAUUUGUGUCAAUCUUUGUGCUGCUUGCACAGCUUCCCUUUUUGUGCUAAUUAACACCAUAGUGUGGACCAUAGUCCAAUUUUGUAGAGGAAGAUAGGGAAAACACCGUGUACCUGUUCUUCAAAGGACAGGAUGAAUCAGGCGAAGGAACUGGUAAGAGAGUCAAAACAACCUUGAAAAUUCUGAUUUUCUUUCUUCAAAGAGAUACUGUCUAUGGACAAGCUAUAAGCAACUCAGAUUAUGAUCACCUUUAGUUCCUGCUGUAGCGCACUACAGAGGUCAAGAGCUCUUAGAUGUUUGCAGUAUGUACUUGUUUUGGAGGGUGAAGUAGAUUAACCUUUGUGGAUCUGAACUUUAGAAAUAUCUGUGGUGUGGCUUAAGGGUGCUUGUAGGUCUCCUUGGACCUCAGCGUAGGAGAUGCUGGGUAUCUUUAGUUUAUUUUCAGAAAAAUAAUUGGCAACUCGCCAGUCUGUCUUCUGUUGGGUGUUGGAAGAAAUUAUUUUUAAUUUCUGUUGAGCUCUCUUUAUUUCUGUAGGGGUAAUGAAAAAAACCUGAAACCAGAUUUUUUUUUUUUUUGAGAACAUGAUUUAGAUAUGAACACUGCAUGUGUAAAAGCUAUUACUCACAUUACAUAGCAGUAUCAUCCAGCAAUCCCCAGUAUUUAAUAAUCUAAAACAUUAUUUUACUUUUCACUCAGCAUUUUGUUAAAAUCUCUGUUAGUACACCAACUGCUAAUUUGCCCAAUUUUUAACUCUGUUUUGUAAUAAGCCAGGGGUCUUUGCUUAAGCAUUAUAUGUUGAAGCAUUCCGUAUGAAUCUUUGUAUAAAUGAAUCCAAACAAAUACUUUGUUUCUCAGGUAGCUAGAAAUGCUAACUUCAGUUAUUUUGGAAUCUUUAGGACAUUGGGAUGUUAUAUUAAUGUAUGCUUAAGGCAGAGAAAUGAGAGUAUCCUGUUAAAUCAUAAAUGUCUUAUUUUAGAUUAUCAUUAAUACUGCAUUAUUGCAAAAGCCAUUGGAAGGUGUUCUUUAUUAGCAAGAGGAAGAUCUAUGAAAGGCCCAUAGAGUACUUGUUGGUUGUAAUUUCUUCUGCUGUGGUAAGGUCAGUGCCAGAUACAAAAUUCUUUCAAAACUGACAAGGACUCAUCCCCCCUCCUCCCCCAAUUCCCUCAUUUUCUCAAGUUCAUUUUCAUUCUUCUCUUUCAAGAUAUCUUUGAUAUGGAGCCUAAAUUUAAAGAAACAUUUUUCAGAUACAUUUUCAUAGAUUUCAUGUAUCUUUUUUCUCACAUAGAACUAUUUUGUGAUGUGAUUAAAGCUCCUUAAAUAGAGGAGUUCAGUGAAGUGCUAAUUCUUAUUUAUAAGAAAAUAAACUAAGUAGUCAGGCAUCUGGCAAUUCAAGUGUGCAACUCAAGUUCCAAAUCACUUACAAAGUGGAGAACUAAAGUUAUUGCCUUAAUUUUAUGCUCCUUCAAUUGAAUGUAAACCGCAUAAAGGAAUGAACUGUGUUUGAGUGAAUGGGAAAAUUCAAACUUUUCCUGUGAAACCAGUCUCUAAUUGUUGCUGGUUUAUGUUUCAGAGACUUCAUUUGAUUGUGUAUGUAUAUGCACAUGGACAAAAUUUAGCUGAGUUUUUAAUCUUCAUUUAGACUAAACCAACUCUAUGAAUAUAAAGUCCUAAAUGUCUUCAAAAAUAUCAUGAUUCUACUGUUAAAUGGUAGCGUGUAUGCAUAGCAAGUUAGAGCACCAAGUGCAGUUAUUCUUAAUGAAAUGUUAAUUAUUUUUUUAAUGUUUACAUGUUACAUAGAAGGUAGGAACUCUAUGUAAGUGACAAUUGCGGUUGCUGCUAAUAAUGACAGAAAAUAAUUGGGAAAUUUGCAUAAUGAAUGGCAGGGGUGGUGCUAUGAUGGGUGGUGGUAGGGCAGCUUUGAGCUGCAGUCAACAGAACAAAGUAAAAAUCUUUAAGUGCAUUAUUCUUCUCUAAGAAUAUCAGGAGUGCCUCUAAAAAAAAGAAAGUUGCUGUUAAACGAUGCAAAUAUAAUUUACUACUGACUAUAAGCACAAUGUAAUGUACAAUUAUUUUUAAUUUUUUACGCAUUAACAUCAUUACAUAAAUAAAACUUUUCUAGUCGCACCA